AUGUGGGUUUCUUGGGGAUUUGAUUUUCUUGGACUGAACUAUUACACCGCUAAUUAUGCAGCAUAUGCACCAAACUCCAAUAGUGUAAAUGUCAGUUUUUUAACAGAUUCUCAGGUUAACCUUACAACUAAGCGGAAUGGGGUUCCUAUUGGUGCUAUGGCUGCUUCAACUUGGCUUUUUGUUUAUCCAAGAGGCAUUUAUGAUAUUCUUCUCUACGUGAAGAAAAAAUAUAACAAUCCUCUUAUUUAUAUCACGGAGAAUGGGAUUGAUGAGGCAAAUAAUGCUACAUUAUCACUUGAAGAAGCCCUUGCCGACAACAUGAGGAUACAUUACUAUUAUCACCAUCUUUCUUUCCUUUUACAAGCAAUCAAGGAUGGUGCUAAUGUGAAAGGAUAUUUUGCAUGGUCACUUUUGGAUAAUUUUGAAUGGAGCUCGGGUUACACAGUUCGUUUUGGCAUCAACUACGUAGAUUACAAAAAUGGUUUGAAAAGAUAUUCCAAACUUUCAGCCAAAUGGUUCAAGAAUCUUCUCAAAAAUGGAGGCAUAUGAUUGAAAAUGUAAUUCUCCAAUAAUUUUGCAUCCUACAAAU